AUGCCAGCAGGUCUGUCCUCACCGUUUGAAGUCUGUCCAGCCAGCAGGGGCGAGACUAUCCCUCCGCACAGUCUCCACUCUGCCCAGCGGCAGCCACCGCCGCCUCCGCCCUUUGCUGUCGGUGCCAGUGCCCAUGCCGGUGCCGUAACCCACUUCCGUCCCGGCUCCGGCCAUAACGCCGGGUCUUCCAUCGACAUGUCUGGUAUGGAGACCCACCAACCGAUGUUUCAUCCCGAGCUCUCGCGAGACCAGGAUGUUCAUAUACCCUCUGCUGUAGAAGGGCAAAUCGAACAUCGGCAUGCUGUAGUACCUGGUGGUGGUGUUGUUGUUGGGCCGAUGGGCCCGUCAGCUCAUCCGCACCAGCCGGGUCACGGCCCGGCAAUGGAGCCGCCACCAUCGGGCCAGCAUGGUCAGUUCGGCAUUUUGACACCGGGCCCUGCGAUGCCAGAGGCGAUUCCGGCUGAGACGGGCGAGUCUCUCGUUGGGCCAGGCGGGUUCAUCCCCAUCGACGGUACUACCGCCCCAGGUUGGAGACCGCAUGGUAGUCUUCUGAGCACGAAAUGGGUCCUCGACCCUCCCAAUCUCGAGGAGUGGCGGCAGAAACUGUUUGAAGCAGAUGGCCUAAUCAUCCUCACUCAUGAGCAAUUCGAGACCUACUUCCCGCACAUAGACAACAUUUACUCCCACCGUUCCACCCAGAAUUACAAAAGGAAGCCCUUUAUCUCUCACUACUGGGACUGCCGCCUCAAAGGCCGCCCGCCGGGCACCAAGAAGUCCGACGACCCCAACAAGAAGCGCCGCAACCGCGUCUCACGCAAGCUCAACUUGUGCGACGUCAAGAUCAAGAUCACAGAGUAUUUCCCCGGCGCCACCCUGCACGAUGUCGAUGACGGGACCUACGUGCCUCUGAACGGCGGCCAGGCGCUCAACGGAGCGCAUACUGUGCUCGCGCCGCCGGGCGAGAGGGAGCUGCGGGUCGCGCCCGCUACGCCGAAUAACCUCCCGGCGCCGGGGCAAAAGUUUUGGACGAUCCAGCGAGUGAAUGGUCAUAUCAGCAUCAGUGGUAUCCCUGGACCGCACCAACAUACCCUCGCCAAGAGCGAUGAGGUGAAGAAGAAUAGUGUCCAGAGAUAUCUCGCCAAGAAUAAGACUGACGCCGCCAAGAACGAUGGGCCCAGAAAGGCAACAGGCCGAGCUCAUUGGACCAUCAAGAAGCAUGAGAAAGAGAGCGACUUGAAGCUGUAUUCGGCUUGUUACUGUCCGUUUUCUCAAAGCGUCUGGAUCGCCCUCGAAGCAAAGGGUCUGGCUUACCAGUACUGCGAAGAAGACCCAUACAAAGUGGCAGCCUCGCAACUGCUGCUGGAAGCAAACGCCAGGGGAACUGUUCCUGCUAUAAGGCAAGGCGAUUGGGCUUGUGCCGACAGUGGUGUAAUAUUGGAAUAUCUCGAAGACAUGGACAGUACCAUUCCACUCUUUCCAUCCGACGUCAAGCUCCGCGCAAAUUGUCGACAAUGGAUAGGCCACAUAAAUCUCCGCCUCGCUCCAGCAUUCUACCGCCUCCUCCGCAACCCGGACCCGGCCCUGCAACCGCAGUACAUCGAGCGGCUCCAAGACGCCAUCAAGUACCUGGUACUUGCUGCCGACGAGCAGGGGCCCUUCUUCCUCGGCAACACCAUGUCGCUCGUCGACGUCCACUUCGCGCCGUUUGCCGUCCGCCUCUCUCGCGUCCUGCAGCCGCUAUGCGGGUGGCCGGCGCCGGCGCCGGGCUUGAGGUGGGCCAAGUGGCUCGAUGCCCUCGAGAAUAACGUGCAUGUACAGGCCACGACGAGCGGGAAGGCUGUGUAUGCUGAGACUGUAGAGUUCUUGCAAGUGUCUCUUGAUCCGGAUGGCCAAUUGAAUAUGUAA